AUGGCUUGGAUGACUUACAUUUCACAUUGGUUUGACCAAGAUGAUUGGUAUGAAGGACUACAAAGAGCAAACAUGUCCCAUGUAAGGCAAGUGGGACUGCUGCCUGCUGGAUGUCAGCCAUGGAAUAAAGACGUCUGUGCUGCCAGUGGAGACAGGUUUGCGUAUUGUGCUACCCUGGCCAUCUAUGUUUAUCAGUUGGAUCAUCGUUAUAAUGAAUUUAAACUUCAUGCAAUUAUGUCAGAACAUAAGAAAACAAUCACAGCUAUCUCUUGGUGUCCACAUAACCCAGAUUUGAUUGCAAGUGGCAGUACUGAUAACUUAAUGAUCAUUUGGAAUGUUGCAGAACAAAAAGUCGUUGCUAAACUCAACAGUACAAAAGGAAUGCCUGCUUCUCUUAGCUGGUGCUGGAAUGCAGAAGAUGCUGUGGCAUUUGUUUCCCACAGAGGUCCACUGUUAAUUUGGACCAUCUCAGGACCAGACAGUGGAGUGACUGUGCACAAAGAAGCUCAUAGCUUCCUGUCUGAUAUCUGUAUAUUUAGAUGGCAUACCCAAAAAAAAGGGAAAAUUGCGUUUGGUCAUAUUGAUGGAAGUCUAUCAGUUUUUCAACCAGGUAAUAAAAGUCAGAAACAUGUUCUCAGACCUGAAUCUCUUGAAGGCACAGAUGAAGAGGAUCCAGUUACAGCCCUGGAAUGGGACCCACUGUCUACCGAUUACCUUCUUGUGGCUAAUUUGCAUUAUGGAAUUCGCCUAGUUGAUUCUGAAUCACUUUAUUGCAUUACAACAUUCAGUUUUCCCAGUGCAGCAGCUUCUGUACAAUGCUUGGCCUGGGUUCCCAGUGCUCCUGGGAUGUUUGUAACUGGAGAUUCUCAAGUGGGCGUUUUGCGCAUUUGGAAUGUUUCAAAAACAACACCUAUUGAUAACUUUAAGUUGAAAAAAACAGGAUUUCAUUGCUUACAUGUACUUAAUUCUCCUCCAAGGAAGAAAUUCUUGUGGGCAGUUUGGGAUCCAAAUCACCGUGGACAUGUAGAAACUAUCUUUGACUGCAAAUUCAAACCUGAUGAUCCUGAUCUUUUAGCAACAGCUUCAUUUGAUGGCACUAUCAAGGUCUGGGAUAUAAACACAUUAACAGCAGUGUACACUUCCCCUGGAAAUGAAGGGGUUAUUUAUUCCCUUUCAUGGGCUCCAGGUAAGAAGUAUUUUAUUAAAAUGGGGAAUACAAUAGAAUGGCUUUUCCUAAAUUUUAUUUUCAUUAUUAUUCGAACAGUUGAUGGUAAAGUGCUACACAAAUACAAACAUCCAGCUGCAGUCUUUGGUUGUGAUUGGAGCCAAAAUAACAAAGACAUGAUAGCCACUGGCUGUGAAGACAAAAAUGUUCGUGUCUAUUAUGUAGCCACCAGCUCUGAUCAACCACUGAAAGUGUUCAGUGGGCACACAGCCAAAGUGUUCAAUGUUAGAUGGUCUCCUCUGAGGGAGGGAAUUCUUUGCAGUGGUUCUGAUGAUGGUUCUGUUCGAAUCUGGGAUUAUACUCAAGAUGCUUGCAUAAAUAUUCUUAGUGGACACACCGCACCCGUAAGGGGAUUAAUGUGGAAUACUGAAAUUCCUUAUCUACUAAUAUCUGGUAGCUGGGACUACACUAUAAAAGUAUGGGACAUUCGAGAAGGAACUUGCUUGGAUACUGUGUAUGAUCAUGGUGCAGAUGUAUAUGGUUUGACAUGCCAUCCGAGUCGUCCUUUCACUAUGGCCUCCUGCUCCCGUGAUUCUACUGUGAGACUCUGGUCCUUGGCACCUCUGAUCACUCCUUUACAGAUAAAUAUUCUGGCAGACAGGUCCUGGGAAGAAAUUAUCGGGAACACUGAUAAUGCCAUUGAACAGGGCACUCCUCCUCUAUUGUGUGGUAAAGUGUCGAGAGAUAUUAAACAAGAAAUAGAGAAAGUAACUGGGAACCCUCGAGGGAAAAAACUAAGGUGGUUUUCAGAAUGUUUAUCACCUCCAGGUGGCAGUAACAAUUUAUGGAACUUGGUUGCUGUGUUAAAAGGGCAAGAUGAUAGCUUGCUUCCUCAGAAUUACUCUAAAGGAAUAAUGCAUUUGAAACACCUGAUUAAAUUUAGAACAUCUGAAGCCCAAGAACUAACAACAGUCAAGAUGUCCAAAUUUGGUGGUGGCAUUGGUGUACCUACUAAAGAAGAAAGACUGAAGGAAGCUGCUGAGAUACACUUGCGAUUAGGACACAUUCAGAGAUAUUGUGAACUUCUGGUUGAACUUGGAGAGUGGGACAAAGCUCUGUCAGUUGCACCAGGGGUAUCUGUGAAAUACUGGAAGAAGUUAAUGCAGAGGUAAGGCAGAGAGUCUGUGUCCAAAGAUAAGGAUGAGGUCAUCCCAUACUGCAUAGCCAUUGGUGAUGUGAAAAAACUAGUCAAUUUUUUUAUGUCAAGAGGUCAACUUAAAGAAUCUCUGCUUGUUGCACAGGCUGCUUGUGAGGGAAAUAUGCAAACCCUACAUGUUUCCACACCUAAAGGAUCUUCAUAUUCUGAUGAUAUCUACAACGAAGACUUUAAUGAGAAUUUGGCGGCCGAUCUUCUCCUGAUGACUCCUGAUCACGAACUACAGUUAAUAAAACUCUGUGCUUUCUACCAAGGGUGUGCCGAAGAGUUAAAUGAUCUUCAUGAGAAGUGCAAGCUACCCACAGUAGAAGAAUGUAUGCAGUCAGCUGAGACAGCCCAUGCAGAUGGCAAUAUAUUUGAAGCUGUAAAGUAUUACUUAUUAAGUCAAGAACCUGAAAAAGCCCUUCCUAUUGGUAUUGGCUUUAUUAAAGAAUGCAUCAGCAGUUCAGACUGGACUUCGGAUACCAUUUAUCCUGUUCUUGACCUGCUGAGUUAUAUUCGUACUGAAAAAUUAGUCCUGCAUACAUGUACUGUAGCUCGAAACGAGUUGCUCAUCUUAUGUGGUUAUAUUGGUGCAUUGUUGGCUAUAAGAAGACAGUACCACAGCAUUGUUCCAGCACUUUAUGAAUACACAAGUCAGCUAUUAAAACGUCGUGAAGUGUCAGUACCUUUAAAAAUUGAACAUCUUUCUGAGGAAUUGGAUGCAUGGAGAUCUUGCACACAGUCCAUCAACCGAUUAACAGAAGAAUCUCCAUCUACACCCCCUUCUGAUUCACAAAGAAUGGUUUAUUCAACUUUACUAAAGAGAAUAAAAGAAGAACCACUCAAAGGAAUUAUUGGACCAGAUUAUGUGACUGGAUCAAAUCUUCCGAGUCAUUCAGACAUUCACAUCUCUUGUUUUACGGGAUUAAAAAUCCAGGGUCCUGUAUUUUUCCUUGAAGAUGGAAAAUCAGCUAUCUCAUUGAAUGAUGCUUUGAUGUGGGCAAAGGUGAAUCCAUUCUCACCUCUAGGGACUGGACUACGCCUCAAUCCAUUUUGAUAGAAGGUUUUUCUCCAUGAUUACUUGUUUUUUAAAAGACGAACUCUCGUGGGUUGGUAUUACCUUAAUCUUGGUUGUCCAAAACCAAAUGUUUCAGGGAGGGGAGGAGGUGGAGAACAACAGUUGAUUUUAUUCAUUCACUUCCAAAAAUAAAAUAUUUAUGUAAUUUUAAGUAAAAAUAGGUGUCUCUU